AUGAAAGCAGCGUUUAUCAAUGAGCCGGGUCCGCCCGAGGCGAUUCAAUACGGCGAUUUAGAUCGCCCCGAGCCUGGUCCCAGCGAGGUCUUGCUGAAGGUGGCCGCCGUGGCGGUGAAUCCUAUCGACACCUACAUCCGUAGCGGCACCGUGGCCAUGCAACUGCCCAAGCCAUUCAUCGUGGGGUGCGAUGUGGCCGGCAUGGUCGAGGCCGUCGGCGCCGACGUGAAAGGGCUUCGCCCCGGACAACGCGUGUGGGGAAGCAAUCAAGGUCUUCUCGGCCGGCAAGGCACAUUCGCCGAAUACGCUGCAGUCGAUGCCAAAUGGCUGUACCCAACGCCCGACGGGGUCGGCGACGCACAAGCGGCGGCCAUCUCGCUCGUCGGCAUCACCGCCUGGCUGGGCUUGGUUCGCGAUGCAAAGCUGGCCCCCGGCGAAACCCUGUUCGUCAACGGCGGUUCAGGCGGGGUCGGUUCAACUGUGGUGCAAAUGGCCAAGGCCAUCGGCGCGAAGGUCAUCACAACCGGUGGGAAUGACGAGAACCUCGAAGCCUGUCGCGAGUUGGGGGCCGACGUCGCCAUCAACUAUCACGACAGCGAUCUCGACGAACAAAUCAAACAAGCGGCCCCCGAUGGUAUUAACGUCUGGUGGGAAACGCUGCGGGAACCCACCUUCGAUCGCACCGUAGAGAUGUUGGCCCCACGUGGGCGAAUGAUUCUCAUGGCCGGCCGCGACGCCCGUCCCGAGUUUCCCGUAGGCCCCUUCUAUGUGAAGGGCUGCUCGCUGUUCGGGUUCGCCAUGUUCAACGCCACGCCGAAAGAACAACAGUCGGCCGCCAAAGACAUCAACCGCUGGCUGGCCUCUGGAGCAUUGCGCCCCCGCAUCGAUCGCCUGAUGCCGCUUUCAGAAACCGCCAAGGCCCAUCGCCUGCAAGAAGAAGCCACCCUCGGCGGCAAAGGCACCCUCUCCGGCAAACUAGUCCUCGCCCCCGACAUCGAUUGA